AUGGAGAAGCGAGAGACCAUUGUCUUAUACCUUUAUUGUCCCCUCUUUCUAUGCCGUCGCUCUCGCUCCCAUCCAGCCGUAUCCUCUCCCUCACUACCCGCUGACACCUCUCCAACCCACCUCACAAUCACUCCGUCCCAUCCACCCCGCCAUCUCCUCUCCCUUACCUCCCCGCCGUCGCCUCCCUCCUCCUCGCCGUCGCCUCCCUCCUCCCCGCCGUCGCCUAUCCUCCUCCCCGCCGUCGCAUCUCCUCCUCCCCGCCGUCGCCUCUCCCUCCUCCCCGCCGUCGCCUCCCUCCUCCCCGCCGUCGCCUCUCCUCCUCCCCGCCGUCGCCUCUCCUCCUCCCCGCCGUCGCAUCUUCUCCUUCCCCGCCGUCGCCUCUCCUCCUCCCCGCCGUCGCCUCUCCCUCCUCCCCGCGGUCGCCUCUCCCUCCUCCCCGCCGUCGCCUCUCGCUCCUCCCCGCGGUCGCCUCUCCCCACUCCCCCCCAUCGCCUCUCCUUCCCUCUCCGCCGUCUCGUCCGGCGACAGAAGAAAGAGAUGGAGCGCGAGGGAGAGCGUGUGCGCAUGAGAGAGCGUGUGAGAGAGCGCGUGAGAGAGCGCGUGAGAGAGCGCGUGAGGGAGCGCAUGAGAGAGCGCGUGAGGGAGCGCAUGAGGGUGCGCGUGAGGGUGCGCGUGAGGGUGCGCGUGAGGGUGCGCGUGAGGGUGCGCGUGAGGGUGCGCGUGAGGGUGCGCGUGAGAGAGCGCGUGAGAGAGCGCGUGAGAGAGCGCGUGAGAGAGCGCGUGAGCGAGCGCAAGAGAGCGCGUGAGAGAGCGCAAGAGAGCGCGUGCGUGAGAGCGCGUGAGAGAGCACAUGAGAGAGUGCGUGAAAGCGCUUGUGAGAGAGCGCGUGAGGAGCAUGACCAACAAUCAUAA